GGCCGGGAUCCCUCCGCCGGGCGGGGGAGGCUCCGGGCUGAGCCGCGGCACCGCCUCGGCGCGCGGCGCCCUCCGCGCGAGGGAAGAGCUCCGCAGCGCGGCGGCGGCGGGACCGCGGCGCAGCCCCGGGGACACGGCUCGGCCCCGCGGCAGCGCCGGCCCCGGGACGGCCGCGCCCGCGGCACGAUGGGCGGCCUGGGCCUGGCCCUGGGGAUCCUCCACUACCUGGGGCUCUACCUGCAGCUCGGCGCCGCCUCCCGGCACCCCCCGUGGGACGCCCCGGCGGCGGGCAGCGCCCUCUUCACUGAGACCCCCCACGACAUGACGGCGCAGGCGGGCGAGGACGUGGAGAUGGCGUGUUCCUUCCGCGGCACCGGCUCCCCCUCCUACUCCCUGGAGAUACAGUGGUGGUACGUCCGCAACCACAAGGACUGGGCGGACAAACAGACGUGGGAUUCCAACCAGCAGCUGAAAGCUUCACCGCAGGAGGAGCCUGGGAAGGACGCGACUAAAAUAAGCGUGGUGAAGGUGGUCGGCAGCAACAUCUCCCACAAGCUGCGCCUGUCGCGGGUGAAGCUGGAGGACGAGGGGACGUACGAGUGCCGGGUGAUCGACUCCAGCGACGGCAAGGCGCGGCACCACAAGGUGAAGGCGUACCUGCGGGUGGAGGCGCCGGGGGGCACGGGGCACCCGCAGGACACCCAGCCACAGGGCGCCGCGCUGCCGGAGCCCGGCUCGGCACACACGCACCACCACCACCACCACCACAAGGCCGGGAAGGAGCUGAGGAAGCGCUCGGCAGACGCCUCCUGCGCGCUGUAGGCGGGCGGUGCCGGGGGGACACUGCAGCCCCCGCAGCCCCCCCUGCGCCCCGGACUCAGCGGAGCCCUUGGGGGUGCCGCGCCCCUGCCAGAGACUGGCCCCACCGCCCAUCUUGCCCAUCGACCCCCCCAUCCUCCUCCUCUUCCUCCUCCUCCUCCCACCAGCCAGCAUUGGGUCGGUCUCUUCCCCAGCCCCAUGGUGCAGCAGUGCUGGGACUCGGUGCAGGAGCAGGACCGCGUCCAUGCCAGGGGCAUCACCAGGGCCGGUGGUGGUCCCCAUCCCACUGGUGCCAUGCAGCGGGUGCCCUGUUUGCUGCCACCACUGUGCCACCGGCCACAUUGUGCCCCAGCUUUGGGUGCCCGGUGGAACCCCUCAGCCCAUGGCACCCUCCCCACCCUCCCUUGUGCUUUGCAGAAACCUCCUCCUGUUCCCGUAGGAGCCCCGGUUUAGUUACUCAGUUCAGUCCCACUGCGUGUAUAUAAGUUCCAGCAUCCACCUUACAGACCGUGUGAAUCACCUCUCCCUGCCCCUGCCUGCCCCAGAGCUGCCCCAGCACAUCAAGGCCUGAGCUCAGCAGAGAAGGACGGCACGACAUGCUCCCGGCACGCUCCCGACAUGGCUGUGGUGCCAUGGGCUGUGCCGCGGCAUUGCCCAGCCAGGCAGCUGCCUGCGGCCCCUGUGUGCCAGGGAGCCGUGGCGUGGGAGCUGGCCCUGUUUUCACACAUUGCUCCUCUCGGCCCUUUGCAUUCCACAGAGGAAGGGGGGGCUUUGGCCACCAGCCCCAUCCACCCUCGCUCUGUCCCCGCUGCCUGUGCCGGUGCCACUUGGCCAAGCAUCCCUUCCUCCUGUGCCACAGCACUGCACUGACCCAGGUCAUGGGCUCUGCGUGGCUGCAAAUGGCCCGUGGGCAAAUGCCACUGCUGGGGACGGGGCUGUGGGGAGGGACGGGAGGGUCCCGGGUGUCUCCGUCUGGGUGUUGGGUGCUGCUCUCUGCCGCCACCAGACCUGCUGCAGCUAAUAAAGCUCUUUAAACGAA